UUUGACAGUAAAUAUCAAACUAAAAAGCUAAUUAUUUUUUCAAUAUUCUACCAAUCUAAGUUUACAAUAAGAUUAUGUCUAAUCCAAAUUCAACGCCACCUCUUGGAACUGCAAAUACAGAAGAAGAUGAACUUACUCUACCUAGAGCUAGUAUUAACAAAAUGAUAAAAGAACUAGUACCUUCUGUCAGAAUAGCGAACGAAGCUAGAGAAUUAAUCUUAAAUUGUUGCACUGAAUUCAUACAUUUACUUAGUUCGGAAGCAAAUGAAAUUUGUAACCAAUUACAUAAAAAAACUAUAAAUGCAGAACACGUUCUUAUGGCCUUGAAUAGACUCGGUUUCUCUGAUUAUACAGCAGAGGCAGAAGCAGUUUUAAAAGAUUGUAAAGCAGUAGCAGCUAAACGUAGACGUCAAAGUACUAGAUUAGAAAACUUAGGUAUUCCAGAAGAGGAAUUAUUGAGACAACAACAAGAAUUAUUUGCCAAAGCUAGACAAGAACAAGCUCAAGCUGAUCAACAACAAUGGGAACAAUUACAAGCUGCAGCUGCCAGACAAGCUUUGCAACAACAACAGCAACAAGGAGGAGAGGAUAUGGACGAUUUUUAGGAUAAAAGUAAAAAUAUUUCUUUAUUUUUCGCCUUACUCUAGUUUUAUAUAAAAUAAUUUGUAUAUAUUUCGAUUAGAAGAUUAGAUUGAUAUUAAAUUAAGAACUAUUCGAAAUUAGACGUUUAAAAGGUGAAUUUGUUCAAAAAUAUGGACAAUAAGAGUGUUAAUUUGGAAAAAAUAAAUUUAUUUUCAUAUA